AAUGACCCAGGUCAUCUUGGCUGGAGCCCGCUAUAAUCACUAACGCCCCCUUCCCCCCUCCAAUCGUCAUGUCACCUUCCUGUUUCGCCAUGCAUGAUGGCUCCAUCACCGUCAUCGACAUCGAUCUCCCGUGCGGCGUCACAAACUCCUCCCACCCCCACGUCACCUGUUGCGUCGCCGGGGACUAUUGCAUGAGUAACUCCAUCUGCAAGCAUGCUCCUGCAAACGGGCCGGACGUCUACUACAAUGCCGACUGCACCCAGGAGGCCAUGGAAGACCCCGCCUGCGGCGUUCGAUGCGGCGGCAAACAUCGCUCCGACCUCACCUACAACAAAGCAAAGGGCUCCUGGGCCUGCUGCGGCAUCAACGACGACGGCACCGCCAACUGCGACAACGCAACCGACGAGAUCUUCCCCGCUCCUCCCCCAACAUGGCUCGCCACCAUCCAGUAUCUCCCUCCCGAAGGGACGCCCACCUACGCGACUUCCAAACCAACACCCACCCCGAAUAGCAACACCGGCGCAGUCAGUGCUGGCACGGCGGCGGGGAUCGGCAUCGGCGCGGGACUAGGCGUAGUUCUCCUCGCUGGCGCGGUCGCGUUCUUCUUCCUGCGAGACAGGAAAAAACCCAUCCCCACCCACCAGUCGACUAACUAUUACCCCGUGCCUGACCAGACACCGCUGAACGCGCCGCCGUCUCUGUCUCACCGGUCGUGGCAGUCGUCUCUCGUGGAACCCCAGUCGUCGGCCGUGUAUGAGAUCGGGAAGGGUCGGGAACCGAGCGAGAUAGACACGUCUUAUCAGCCGCACGGGCGGUAGCAUCGGCGAUGCAGGUGCUACAUGGAAGUGUGCAGUUUGGGCGGUUGACCGCGUUUGUUGUGUCUAUUGCUGCGAUAGACAAUGUAUAUAAUAGACUGCUGUAGCUGCAGCUGGACUGCACGCUUUAC